AUGGAUCUAUUCGGAAAAUGUAUAAAAGGAGCCGUUCAUUUCAUUGUCGGGGAUAGGUUGCAACUGCAGUCCGACUCCUACAGCUCCUGGAACCCAACCAUCGAUACCACCCCGCCGGAGACUCUCGUCAACAUGGCCUCUAAAGCGUAUCUCUGGUCCGUCGCCUUUCUUUCGGCCUUUGCCGCCAGUAAUGGGUCACCUACUACUACCUCUUUGACGUAUUCCGAGCCGACUGCUACUAGCGCAUCUCCAACCGCGUCCGGGGUUAGUGUAAACGAGGGCAAGGCAUAUCUGACCUUUGAAACCAUCCCCGGGUUCUUCUUACAAGAUGAUCCAGCCACUGUUCCUUCGACGUUUGAUUAUACAGCCACCAACUUUGGAUUGAUUAACCGAACCUACCCAACGGAUGAUGAAUCUUCAGCCAAACUCACCCAAUGGCAAAGAUUCAACCGUUUUGUCGAUAAGCUAAAUCACGGAAGUGGUCGGAAUGUUGAGUACAGGCUGCUGUUCAUCGGCCGGCACUCCGAAGGUUUCCAUAAUGCCGAGGAGAGCUUCGUUGGCACCCCUGCAUGGAAUUGCUACUGGGCCGAGUUGCCAGGAAAUGGCACCGCAGUCUGGGAAGACCCAUCUUUAACAUCAUUUGGUAUUUCACAGGCAGUGAAAGCUCAUAACUUCUGGAAAAGUCAGAUUGAAGUUCAGAAAAUCACUGCACCCGAUGCAUAUUAUGUCAGUCCUCUUGCUCGCUGCCUCGAGACUGCAAACAUUACCUACUUCGGACUUGAACAUAGAGGAGCCGCUCGACAUCCUUUCAUCCCCACAAUUAAGGAGUGGCUCCGAGAAGGUAUCUCUAUACAUACGUGUGAUAGGAGAUCAUCAAAGAACUGGAUUGCGGCCAAUUAUCCUGACUGGAACAUCGAACCUUCUUUCAGUGAGGUCGACGGGCAGUGGAACGGAAUCACAUCUGAGACUUCGUCCGCUCAAGCAUACCGCAUGAAGGUUGUCCUGAGCGAUAUUUUCGAAAACGAUCACUCUACUAUCAUUAGUAUUACUACACAUUCGGGAGCUGCUAGGAGUAUUUUGGGCGUCCUUGGGCAUAUUCCCUUCAGUCUUGUCACUGGCGCGAUAAUUCCGAUUUUGAUCAAGGUCACAACUGUCAGAGAGCCUCCACCACCUACUGUCACCCAACCGUGGACUACAGAAGCUUGGUGCACCAACGGGCCACCAGUGGCAAGUAUGAGUGGGGCCUGUACUUGUAGCGGCGGCGUUCUCCCUGUGACUGCUAGUCCUAUUAUUAGCCCGAGAUAG